CAGAUGUUUUUUUAAUGCCCCCACGGGAAAGAAAAAUUGAAAACACAAGUGUAAUAUGGAAUGAAAAAUACUGGGGCACUUGUCGUUACAACAGCGUGAUUACUCGUUAUAAUCCGUGCCCACAGGGUAUACCGAGACUGAAUCGAGUACAUAUAAUUUUUGCAAGAUAUCAGGACUGUGGUUAAUGCUCCGAUAUAAUUGAUAAUUGAAUCAUGACGAACGAGGAACAAGACAAGGUGCAAAAAUUAAAAGAACAGGGCAACAACUGCGUGAAGCAGCAGAAAUAUGCAGAAGCAAUGUUUCAUUACACUCACGCGAUAAAAUUGGAUCCGAAGAAUUAUUCUUUGUACAGUAACAGAUCCUUUGUAUUUCUAAAAAUGCAACAAUACCACUUCGCCCUGGAGGAUGCAACGAUGACGAUAAAUCUCAACCCAGAUUGGACGAAAGGAUAUUACCGCAAGGCGGAAGUGGAAUUCCAUACGUUUCGCUUCAGCGAGGCUCUCCACUCAUACGGACAAGCUUUAAAUCUUCAACCUAACGAUCCUGACAUUCUAGAAGCUAUCAAUAAAACGACGAGAUCGCUAAUAAAGGACCAGAGAGCGGAUCAACAGAUACCCUGGCUUGGCGCCGGCAUUGGCAUAAUUCUCGGUGUCAUCGUCGUCAUUGCUGAUUAUGUUUUCACCAACAAGCCGACAUUAACGCAUCCAGUGCUAAUGGCCCUCCUGACAAUUGCAAUCGCAAUGUUGGGUUUUGCUGCAGCCAAAGGAUUCCGUUACUUUGUGAAAUGCCAGAGAAAAUCCCUACUAGAACCUCCGAUUGAUUUACUCGGGGAUGAGGUUACAGAAGAAGCCCAAGGAGAUACCACAACUGGCAAGACUCAAGAGAAACAUUCAAAAUACAGCAAGGCCCAGGCACGCCAAAGGUUCAAGAAGGGUAAAACGUAACGCUGAUUUUGCACACGUUUUCCAGGGAAUCAUUACAACGAAUAACAUUUCCAUAAACUUUCGAAAAAUGAAGGAAUUUAUGAGGGCGACAAAAUGUUUUGUAGUGCAAGCUAUGCAAUCCCGAAUUUUAUCAAUUGAAAUAAAAAAUAAAGGGGAGGAAAGAACAGGGGGUGGUACACACUGAGUAGAUGAGAGCUCUUUAGGAGUAUAUUUACUUGAAUGCGCGAAAUCAAGGCUUGCAAAUGAUUAAAACGUCCAAUAUCUCACAUUACAAUUAAAAAAUCUUGCGCACGAAAUUUUGUAUUUGUCUAUGAGAAGAAGAAUUUUCAAAUCAAUAGAAGUAGCUGAAAAACUCAAAUGCUAAACAAUUAUGCAACGUUUCCAUUUAACGUAACUUGGCUUUCUAUGAAGAAAUAGAUGAAAGAUCGAGACCUAGAGAAUUUUUAUUUUGGCUUCACUUAAAAGAAAUGAGUUUAAGCUUUUUAAAGAGAUCAUUCAAAGUCAAUUUUUAAAUGGAUAGUUUGUCAUUUAGAUAAGGCAGAUAAAAAGCCACAAUAAAUCAUGAAAUUACGGAGGGGUGGAAGGAUGACAAACGAUGAAAGGAUGGAGAAUAAUUAGAUCAUUCACGAAGCAGUCAUUCACACCAGUUGCUGAGACGCAGCACGAACUUGAGUUGUAAAUAAUUCAUACCGUUAUAAAAAACUUAUUUAAUUCAAUUUCAUUUCAUUUUUAUAGCGCUCUUUGACUAUGAUCUCCUUAAUUUAUUAAUGACAAGUGAAAAAUACAUGAUAAUCGGUAAUAAUUGCCAUAAACGAGUGUCUCCAUGUGCGUGUCUGUUUUCACUAAAAUGUACAUCCCAAAAACCUCGUUCUCUCAGUGUAAAAGGACUUUGAUCGUUAAUCAGCAAUUUUAUAUUGAUAAUUAAUUAAUUUCGAGCGCAUUUUUUAACGCGAAGAACUCGGGGAACGCCCUUAAAAUAGCUUGCCUUCGUUCAAAAGAGAUUACAAAUUACAAUUGAAAUUGACUAAUUCCCUGUUAAUUUCACCUGUACCAUGUACUUAGAACAUUCCAUCUCCAAUUUUUCCUACCUUCUUCAAAAUGCACUAACAGAAGGGGAAACUAAACCAAACAUCUAGUCAUAAAAAGUUUGUAAUCAGGCCUUGUCAAGACCACGAUUGUACCGUUUGAAUAAAAACAUGAAAAUAUAAA